AUGAAAGGACAUAAAAGCAUAAUUCCUAGCUCUGUCCAGUCAUCUACACAAAUACUACACAAAGGACAUCCUGGAAUAGAAGCUACAAAACGCAGAGCACGAGAAAUUGUCUAUUGGAGAUCAAUGUGCGAUGACAUAAGCAAGUUUGUGUCAUCCUGCCAGGUAUGUAAUGCCCUAAAGGCACAUCAAGCCAAGGAGCCCUUACUUUUACAUAACAUUCCAGAUCUACCAUGGACGAUUGUUGCCACAGAUAUAUUUGAGUGGAACAAUAAGCAUUACCUGGUACUCGUAGAUUCCUAUCCCGGAUGGUUUGAAAUGAAUACUUUAACUGACUUAACAUCAGCCACGGUAAUAGUAAAACUGAAGCGUCACUUUGCUACCCAUGGUACACUGCAGAUUCUCAUAAGUGACAAUAGAGGUCAGUAUUCAGGUCACCAAUUCAAACAGUUCGCAUCAGAAUGGAACUUUGUGCAUAUCACGAGUAGUCCUGAACAUGAUACCACAAAAUCCAACACAGAUUCAGCCAAGAGAACCCGAAGUGGACGAACUGUCAAACAAAAUCCCAAAUACAAUAGCUUUAUGUUUGCGCAGUAA